AUGGCAAAAGCCAGGAGGGCGGCUGCCGUCCUGCCCAGCAUGCAGACCUCCAGCAGCAAGAAGUGCCCCUGCCUCGGCUUCAAGCUGCGGGAGGUGGCGUCCGUGUACUUCACCAUGGUCGCCGUCUUCUUGGUCAUCCUGGUGGUCGCCCUGCAGGGCUCGGCGCCCCGCGGCACCUAUUUUCCCUACAAGGUGCCCCUCGAUCCCCAGGGGCUGCUCGAGCUCUCCUGGAACGUCAGCUACCCCGAGCAAGCCGUGUACUUCCAGAUCCUCAGCAGGGAACUCAAAUUCGGGCUCCUCUUCGGGAUGUCGGACCGGGGAGAGUUUGAGAACGCGGACCUGGCCGUGCUCUGGAGCGAUGGGCACAGCUCGUAUUUUGGGGAUGCCUGGAGCGAUGCCAAGGGGCACCUCCACAUGGACUCACAGCAGGACUACCAGCUCCUGGGGGCUCAGAGCGCCGCCGAGGGGCUCUACAUCCUCUUCAGAAGAGCCUUCAGCACCUGUGACCCCAAGGACUACCUUAUAGAGGACGGCACCGUGCACCUCAUCUAUGGGAUCCUGGAGCAACCCGUCCGCUCCCUGCAAGCCAUCAACAUCUCUGCCAUCCACAGGGGGCUGCAGAGGGUGCAGCUGCUGAAGCCCAACAUCACCAUCCCCGAGCUGCCCAGCGACAUGAAGACCAUGGAGAUUACGGCCCCCGGUGUCGUUAUCCCCAGCCAGGAGACGACCUACUGGUGUUACAUGGCAGAGCUGCCAGACGGCUUCGCCAAGCACCACAUCGUCAUGUACGAGCCGGUGAUCACGGCGGGCAACGAAGCCCUGGUGCACCACAUGGAAGUCUUCCAGUGUGCCGCCGAGCUGGACAGCAUCCCACCGUACAACGGACCCUGCGACGCCAAGAUGAAGCCAGAGCAGCUCAACUACUGCCGGCACGUGCUUGCCGCCUGGGCCAUGGGCGCACAGGCUUUCUACUACCCCGAAGAAGCAGGGCUUGCCUUUGGUGGUCCGGGCUCCUCCAGAUACCUGCGCCUUGAGGUUCACUAUCACAACCCCCUGGUGUUCAAAGGGCGCCGUGAUUCCUCGGGGAUCCGCCUCUACUACACGGGCAGCCUGCGCCGCUACGAUGCUGGCAUCAUGGAGCUGGGCUUGGUCUACACGCCGGUGAUGGCCGUGCCCCCGGGCGAGACCGCCUUCGUCCUCACCGGGUACUGCACCGACAAGUGCACCCAGCGGGCACUGCCUGCUGCUGGCAUCCGCAUCUUCGCCUCGCAGCUCCACACGCACCUGGCAGGGAGGAAAGUGGUGACGGUGCUGGCACGGGACGGCAGGGAGAGGCAGGUGGUGAACGCCGACGGCCACUACAGCCCUCACUUCCAGGAGAUCCGCAUGCUGAAGGAGCUGGUUGCAGUUUUUCCGGGUGAUGAACUCAUCACAGCCUGCACCUACAACACGGAGGACAGGACCAAAGUGACCGUGGGCGGGUUUGGCAUCAUGGAGGAGAUGUGCGUGAACUACGUGCACUACUACCCCCAGACCCAGCUGGAGCUCUGCAAAAGCGCCGUAGAUCCCGGCUACCUGCACCGCUACUUCAGCCUCGUCAACAGGUUCAACGACGAGGAGGUCUGCACGUGCCCGCAGGUCUCCGUCCCGCAGCAGUUUUCCUCCAUCCCCUGGAACGCCUUCAACAGAGACGUGUUAAAAUCCCUCUAUGGCUUCGCCCCCAUCUCCAUGCACUGCAACAAAUCCACGGCCGUCCGCUUCCCGGGCGAGUGGGAGAAGCAGCCGCUUCCCAGCAUCACCGAGACGCUGCGGGAGCCCGUUCCUCACUGCCCGCCCGCCCCAGGGCCUCAUCCUGCCGCCUCCGUGCCCAUCAAGCUGGGGGAGAUCAAGAGGGUCUGAGCCGAUUCCUGGUCCCCCUUGGCGUGCCGGCACCGUGAUGGGAUGCGCCUCUGCCCGGCGGUGGCACGGGUGGCCACGGGGAGCCUCGUCCCAUCACUCCCCCCAUCCCUGCCUCUACCCAGGGGGGUUUAGGGCUCAUCCCUAGCGGUUCAGAAAGUACUCCGGGGAUGGGAAGCGCUAUAUUUAGUGCGUUAUUAGCAAGCCCGGCUCUGAGUAAUGCUGCUUUCCGCCCCCAGAAUAAUAACCGGGAGGUUUGCUAUUGUGCCAAACCCAGCGCAGCCCCGGGGAGAAGGUGGAGGGGGGGGGGGGGAGAAGCCUUGCUUCCCCGCAGGGAAACUGAGGCACGGAGCACAGAGCAGCGUGGGAGCAGCACACGAGCCUUCCUGGAGCCCUGCGGGCCCGUCUCAUUCGGGGUGGCUCUGCGGGGGCUCCCCCACACUGACACCCCCAGGGGGGACGGAGGGAAGGGGGGGAAGGAUGCCGCCCGCCGCAGCCCCCCCGUGCCGAGGAUUAUUCGCCUCGACGCGACCAGAUGCCAAUAGAUGGGAGCAAACGACACUUGUGUGAUGGGGUUUCGACAGGGAGAGUGAUGGGGGGGGGAGGGAAACGGGGGAAAGACAAACCUUUGGCAGGAAAAACGACUCCGUUCAAUACCUAGGUGUGAAAUAAAAAGGAAAAAGGAUGCUUUCUGCUGUCGAGCUGUGAAGGGAGAACACUUGCUUGGACCAGAGGAAGGGCCCAGGGUGUGCAGGAGGGCCCGUCCAUCCCAGCCAGCCCCUGCCCAUGCCCUCUGUCACAUCCACAGGCUCCCCUUGCAGGGACCUGACUUGCUCGGUGCAUCCCAGACAAAGGCUGGAGCUGCCCUGCCUGCCCCUGCUCCCCGGUGCCAGCGGUCUCCUGCCAUUUCGGGCACAUUCUCCACAGAGAAUACAACCCUACGCAGCUCAUAGGGUGAAAGCUGUGGGUUCUUGCAGGAAGAUAAGGCUGUAUUCCCCCAGCAGACAUGUGGUUAAUCCUGGCACAGGGGGAGGCAUCGCCACGCAGCCAGCACAAACCUCAUUUAUUAGGACAGCCGGCCAGGAGCGCGGCCACCCCCCCUCUGCCUUCCAGCUUGAGAGCACCAGGGAGCGCAAUCGCCUCCUGUUGAGAGACAAACUCACCCCGGUUUGGUUUUUUUUUAAUGUUUCUAGUGAAACCAAAGCGUUUGGGAGUUCAAACUCUCGCCCGUGGCGCUUGUUGCGCCAGGCGAAGGAACCGAAAUGGGUUCUCAAGAGAACAGAAAACAAGCGAACCCAGUCGGAGGGAACGAAAUGAAAAGAUGCCGCGGGAUUAUUUCUUCAGGCGGGAGAAAGCUGCACUGGAGACGAGGCUCUCCCUGUGCUGAGGAGGAUGGAGCCCCAGUCCCUGGCUGCCUGCGCUCGUUUGUGAUUAAAAGAGGCCGGGGGGAGAUGGGGAGGGAGCUCCGCAGCCAUGGGGGGCUCCGCGUGCAGGGCUCAGCCACGGGGCCAACAAAGGGACCGUAGACCUGUCCCGUCCUGCUCCCCCUGAGGACAGCCAGGGGGGUUUCCAGACACCUCCAAAGCCAGCUCUGUGCUGGCAGGGUCUCCCUGGCAGCUGGGAGCUGCUGGAGCCACCUCCAAGGUGACCUUGGGAUGAUGGCAGCAGAGCAGAGGGGAUGGCAGAGCAGCCCUGGUGCCAGAGCCCUGCACGGCCAGCACAUGGCACAGCACUGAGAGGAACAGCCCAGAGGGGACACGGGCAAAAACCACACCGGGAAAGCAGCCACGGGCCAAAACAUGUCUCAAAUUCCUUCUCCUCCAGGCUCAGAGGAUGCACAUAUACACACACACACAGCAAGGGACCCAGACCCAAACAGCAAUCGCCUUUGGGGUUUUCUUUUAUUCCUUGGGGGCAGGAGAUGAGAAUCUGCCUGCAGCUCAGUGCUGAGGGGCUGCAUAGCCCCGCUGUGCUUUCUUCUUUUCAAAAGCAGAGCGCUGGCACAGGCUGGCAGCGCUCCCCAGGGCACCAAGUGCUCUCCCAUUCCAGGAUCCACAGCAAAAAAAAAAAUGAAACUUGCCUUUGCUCUUGCGUUGCAGCAAAAGGAAAAGGUCACUGCCUGGGUCUGGGGAAUGUCAGCCCUCCCAGCCUCCUGCCACACGCCCCAAAAUGGCCCUCCAGCACCACAAACAAAACCCGAGCAAGCACCGAAAGGUUAGGAUCCCCAGGCUUUGCUUUUAACAGGAGCUAGGUGGCAAUUACCAACCGAUGGAUGUCGGUGCUUAAAAUCCCUUUGGAUUUCAUGAUUUGAUGUUGCAGAGGAAUCCUGCAGUGGGAUCCCCGGUGGGAGCCUGGGCAAUGGCCCUGUGCCCCCCGCCCCAUCCCAGGGGAGAUGCUGAGGGAUUCCUGCCUGUCCCGUGCUGC